UUUAGUUUACAAGAGCGGCACAAAGGGAGCCAACCGAAGUCGCCCGUCGCACGGAUUAACAGCAACAACUAUUGGUCCGUUUCUUUUCCAGUCUCAGUAAAGACAGUACAAACUUCAAAUUCGCAACUCUCUGGAAUGUUUAAUUUUAAGACUUCUCUGGAAUUUGUUUCGGUUAUAAAUUGAGAAAGAAAGAGAAUAUAAAGAAACGAAUACAGCUUUCUAAGGAGGAGGGAGAAGACGAUUUUGAAUAACUUCUUUAAAAGAGGAGCGGUUUGUUAAAAGAGACACCAAUUAUAUUAUUGUUUUCCUUUCGGCCAUGAUGUCAAGGAACAUAAGUUUGAAAAUUGAAGCCGUCUUGUUUUGCUGGGUCCUGCUUUACACAACAGCAAUAACAGAAUAUAUUGCAAGUGGAGAAUACCCUCUGUCACCAUUGCAGCAGGAUAAACGAGCGUAUAUGGGGCUUCGGUUGAUGUGUGAGGCAUCACCACGAGAUUGUCCCGGUGGAUUUACUAAAAGAAAUCGUAUGCAGCAGAAAAUGGGAUAUUUACAAUUACAAAAACAUUUGGCUCAGCUGCUUGCUUCGCUUGAAAGUCAGACUGAAGCAGACGACAGACAAACGUCCAAGUCAAGACUCUGGAACAUUCUCCUGUCCACGGGCGUCGUCAAGCGGAGAUGAAUAGAUUCUGCUAACUGAAGCCACAACAGAAGUGACAAGAUAAAUGAAAAGCUGAAGCAAAAUUCUUCUUUUUGAGUCUCAAAGUCUGAAUAUCCAUAUGUUACACACUAUACGCCGAACAUUGUCCCUAGAUGUCUGAGAAUCAUUUAGCUUUGGCACUGAACCAUUGAUUUGACCGUUCGCAGCAUUUAUUUUAACAUUUGCUUCCAAUACUCUAAUAAAGAUGUUAAGGGAAAAAAAGGUCACACGGUUUACUUGUAUGAAAAUUCAGAGCCCUGUCAAGAAAAAUGUUUAUCGAAUGUAUUUAUAGAUUAUUACCGUAAUAAAAAUAACCCCCUCCCCCCCCGAUAUAUUACCAGUAUAACUCGAAUGAAAAUUCAGACCCAUGUCUAUGAUUUCCGAAUGCCAUGUUGAUAUAAUGUAGAAAACUAUACUUUAAACAAGCAACUCCAUGUAAUUACCGGUUUCACUCAAAUUUCCUUUAUCUCGAAAUUCACUAAAUAUAGCUUUAUUCGUUUGUGUAAAAUAUAUGUUGUAAAUAUAAUAUCAUACAUACUUGAUCUCUGUUAUUAAUGAUAUAGAUAGUCUAUAUAACGCCAUUUGAAUAUGUUUGAACUAAUGGAAUUAACGCAAUUCCAAGGUGUUCAAACUGUUGAAAUACUGAAGCCAAAGAUGAUACAGGUUAAUACUGUCUCAAAAUUUACCUAACCAAAAUACUGAACUAGCAGAGGACAAUCUAUCUUAGCUGUAUGAGUUUGCAGAUCCCUGUAUGUGCGUGUUUAGUAGUGGACGUUGUUGUGUAUAUGGUUUGAACCAAUUUCGGAUCCAGAUAGCGCCCAUGAUCUUUGUCCUCUACUACCAACCAGCUUAAAGAGACAGUUUCAAAGUUACAUAAUGACAAAAACAAAUUCUUGAGAAAUGUAAAGAUUAUACCUUGAACUGUAUUCCAAUAAAAAAUAUUGCAUCCAAAUAAUUCCAUUUACUAGUAGUUUUUAAAUUUAUAUUAUUACAAAAUCUGAUAACGGUGGUCAACAGGUGGAUACCUUUGAAUUUCAAUUCCAUCUCCAUAUAGACAAAAGAUCUAACUGAAUUUAAUGGAUAUGCGAUGAAGAUUUUCUAUAUACUUAAUAUAUUUCGCCAAUAUUCUUAAGAAAACCACUCUUUUCGCCAAGUGACACCGUAUUACAAUUUUGAUAUUCUUGAGUUAUUUAUUCAAAGAAUAUGUGUGGGAUCGAUUAAUGUGUAGUUAUUUCUUACACAUAUAUGUAACAAUAGCCGAAUAUUGUAUUUAGAACUUGGACAAUGCGCCGUUUCAGCAUAUAACAUUUAUACUUUAUUAAUUUAGAUAUUAUAAAAUUCUAAUCCACACUGGUAUGUUUGGGUGAUGGGAUGGGAAGGAAUGGGGUGUUAUUGUUUUGUUACUGUUUAUUAUUUUGUUUGUUGAGGGUAUAGUUUUAUGAUAAUUAUUAAAUUAUUAAUCUUUUACUUUUGGGUGUAUCGAGGUUUUGAACAUCAACGGUAUAAAUAGUAUAGACCUACAUAUAUGUAACUUAUGCUCUUUGAAAAUCAAGAUGUCAUUCUUUCGGCACUAAAACAUCGGAUAUUUUGUACACACAGCCAAUACAAUAUGUCAGAUUACUUUUUCGCAUAUCGGAAAUGGAAACAUCACUUGGGUGCAUUCACCUUCAGAUUCUCUAAUAGCCAUAGCAGACGAUAAUGGAUUCCGGUGGACCGGAAGUGUCUUUGAACCGGAAGUAUUCAUGGCUUUUUUAUCAAGUCAUAAAUAUGUUCCUACCUGAGAAUAUUAAUGACUUAUGUUCUAACGUGCUGUGACCUAUCCUGUCUAUGGUCAAAACAUUUUGGUCAUUUUCUAGCAUCCAUGAAUUAGCUCCAUUGAUUUUAUUAUUAUUAAUAUUUGUUAUUAUUAUUAUUAUUAUUAUUAUUAUAUCACCAUUUAUUAUUGUUAUUGUUAUUAUUAUUAUUGUUGUUAAGUUAUUAGCUAUCGUAACUGUUACAUUAUACACGUUUUGUUAUGCAGCUGUUCACUUCCUUCGUUUAUACAUUAAAAUAUGCUACAUUAUUUUACAGUAAAUACUACACGAUAUAAUAAGGAUCGGAUUACGGGGGCGUCAUACCAACCCUACACCAUUUUGUUUGGGAAAAAUCUUUUAUUCUCCUCUCGUAAUACUAACUGCAAUUACAGCCACAGUUUAUAAAUAAGAAGUCGAAGAUUUUUGUCAACAAACUUAUAUUAAGUUGUGUACAAAGUAAAUAAUACUUAUGAACAUAUAAAUGUAUACAUAGUUAUAAUGUUUAUUUGUUGUCUGUUUACUCUCAUCGCUUGUCUUUGAUUCCUUCUCUUUUCUUUUCAGAAGUAUACGUGUACUCAGGCAUUAACAAUUAUAAUAUGUGUUUGAUUUUUCAUUUUGAGUUUAUUCAGUUAUGUAACAGAUAGAAUUCAACUACAUGAUAGUACUCUGUCUCUCUCUCUCUCUCUCUCUCUCUCUCUCUCUCUCUCUCUCUCUCUCUCUCUCUCUCUCUCUCUCUCUCUCUCUCUCUCUUUCCAUCCCUCCCUCCCUCCCUCUAUCUAUCUAUCUGAAUCUGUAUAUAUGUAAUAUUGAUGGGGUUUAAAUAAGGUACAGACUCAGCAAAGAAAGGAAUGUUUUAUUUAAAGACGCCGUCAACACACUUUAAUUUGCUGUUAUAUGGCGUCGGACAUAUGAUUAACAACAACACUAAUAAUAAGAGGAAACCCGCUGACACCACUCCGUGGAAAACUCUCUUGGAUUGAUAGCAAUAGAUCUUUUAUAUAUGCUACCUCACAGACAGGAUAGUACAUAUCACAGCCUUUGAUAUACCAGUUGCAGAAAAUUGUGCAGAGGGUCUUGACUGUGGCGAGCGACCGUUUUAGGGGUGGUCGGGUCGCAGGGGCCGUUCACAAUAACCUCUCCCCCCCCCCCCCCUUUGCACAUGGUUGGAACGAGAAACAUCCCAAUGGAACUAGUGACGGGGAUCGAACCUGAUCGCGCAUCAGGCCAGUGUUUUACCAGUGGGCUACGUUCUGCCCUCAAGACUCGAAAAGUCUAAUUUAAAACGUUUACUUAAUCGAUUAGCAUAUAAGAGUCCAGUCAGCCGUUACCCCAUUGAGGCCUAUCUUAGGCAAGUUUGCAACGUAACCAUACAAGUGAGCAAGAGCUGGAAGAGUGGGUGGACGUAGUUUAAAAUGUGCUGAGGUGUCGUUAAACAAACAUUCCUUUCCUUUCCUCGUUUUGCGGGGGAGUCAAACUAUAUACAUUGUCCUUGAUCGUUUUAAGCCACCAUCACUGCGCCUCUGAUGUUUGCAGUGCAGUCAUACUAUUUUAAUCAUUCUGUUUCCUAUCUUACACGCUCUUUAUCUCGGAGUAUUGAUGUCUCAAUAAACUGUUAGCGCCGACAAGCGGCCUCGUUACCGCUGUGAUCUCUGUUAAAAGAUGUUCAUUUCCUCGAACUCGUAAUAAAAGUGAAGAUUUGAGACUCAA